UUCUAUAAUAAAUGUCAACAGUCCUCUUCCCUUGAUUCGUCGCCGUCCACAAGAUUUCCGGCGACGAUGUUCUCGACGAGCAAACGCAAAUCCAUAGAUUUUCUACAGUUUUUUUCUCUUUUAUUUUCUCGCACUUCGUUGUUUUUCUCUUAUUUUCGUAGAUUUUGGCUCUUUUAUCUCGAUUUAGGCAGUGACUGAGUAAAUGUCGACAGGAAUUUGACCAAGGAUUUGUGUUUUUGUGGGCGAAGCUGCGAUAUUUGCGGAUUAGUCAAGGAAAAUUCCGAGGGACUUGAUCUUUCGGGUGCUGGGUCGUCAAUUGUAGUUAGCAGUUAUUUGGAAUGGAAUUGAACAGGUAUUUGGGUGUCAGCACUUCCACACCCAUUGCUAUUGACAAGAGCUCCAAUGGAGAAUCCUUGGGCAUCGAUUUCAACAUCAGGCAUAAUGUACAAGGAUAUCCUUCUAUCCGCAUUUUCCAUAAAGGUUAGACAUGAGAUCGCUCUUCGUAUGGUGUCUAAGCUCGUUUCUGAAGCUUCAACAGUUGGAUGCUGAAUUGAAGGAUAUGUUCUCACCAUUAUCGGGCGGCGUCUUCACGGUCGUCGGAGUCUACAACACAAUCAAACUGAUGAGGCUUUAGGUACAAGAUCUGUUUAUAUAGAGAUGCAACAACACAUCAUGGGCUUAAAUGUAUAGCGUGGGUCCAAAAAGUUUAAAUUGGAGAUGGGAUUGAUUCCAAGUUGUAAUUAAUAAAAAAAUUUGUAAAAGUAAAUGUAAAAAUUCACGCCAAAAUUUGGGAUAGUAAAUGGAGUAUGGAACCAAGGCAUGAAAUGAACGGCGAGGGAUAGGAAGUCCCCUCUAAAAAGAGAUGAGAAGAAGAUAAUUAGAUGGGGGAAUAUACCCACAAGCUCCGUCUAUGGCGGCCACCAACUUUUCAAACGAAACCACCUCUUCUUCACCAUUGAAAUCGUAGCUUUGCCCAAAACAGCCAAACGUAAGCAAGCAAAAAAAAAAAUGUAAUUUUGGGGGAAAGAAAAGACAGAGAAGAAGAAACGGAGUGGGCAAUUCAGAUUUAGGAAAUUAUUUUUUAAAUAGGAAAAAAUUUGUAGAAACCCAAAAGAAAAGUUUCUGGCUUUCGACUUUUUUUCCCCCGAGUCUCCUCCAAGUUGGGUCCCCUUUGAUUUUUUCAAUUUAUUUUUUCCUCAAACCCCUUUUUUUUUCAAUCGAUCUAACGAUCGAUCUCUUAUAGGGGUUUCAAUUCGGUGUUUCCUGGUUUCUGGGUUUCGUUUAGGAACCGUUUUCUUUUCUGGGUUUCGUGGAUUUUUUCAUUUUCCGGUGGUAAAUAUUCUUCCUUUUUUUCCGGGAAAACUUCCUGUUUUUUUGGGUGAAUUCUAGUAAAUGUGGGGAGCCGCAGCUGAGCCCGCAGAUUCAUACUACCAGGUUCGGCCUGAGUGCACCGAUGUCACCAAGACCCGAUUCAAGAUCAAGCCAGGGAAAACUCUAAGUGUAAGAAAAUGGCAGGCUGCAUUUACACCAGAAGGCUACCUGGAUAUUGGCAAGACUCUUGGCAGAAUCCAACGUGGGGGGAUCCAUCCAUCUAUUAGAGGAGAGGUCUGGGAGUUCCUGCUUGGUUGUUAUGAUCCAAAGAGCACAUUUGAAGAGAGAGAGCAAAUCCGGCAACGUAGAAGACUGCAAUAUGCUUCUUGGAAGGAGGAAUGCAAGCGAAUGUUUCCUGUCAUUGGAAGUGGUAGAUUUAUCACGGCACCUGUAAUUACCGAACAAGGCAAACCCAUUUAUGAUCCUCUUGUGCUUCAGGAAACAAAUUCAGGAGCUGAUUCCAAUGGUUCAGAUUUUUUCAAAGAGCUCUCGAGUCGUGGACCGUUGGACAAGAAAACGAUUCAAUGGAUGCUUACGCUUCAUCAGAUAGGUCUUGACGUAAAUCGCACGGAUAGAACUCUGGUAUUUUAUGAGAAAAAGGAAAACUUGUCUAAACUUUGGGAUAUUCUGUCUGUUUACGCCUGGAUAGACACAGACGUCGGGUAUUGCCAAGGAAUGAGUGAUCUCUGUUCUCCGAUGAUUAUUCUUCUAGAAGACGAAGCUGAUUCAUUUUGGUGCUUUGAGCGUUUGAUGCGUCGAUUGCGAGGAAAUUUCCGGAGCACGGGAAGAUCAGUUGGUGUUGAAGCACAGCUUACUCAUUUGGCUUCAAUCACUCAGGUUAUCGACCCGAAACUUCACCAUCAUUUAGAGAAACUGGGUGGUGGAGAUUACUUGUUUGCAAUUCGGAUGCUGAUGGUUCAGUUCCGUAGAGAAUUCUCGUUUUGCGAUUCUUUAUACCUAUGGGAGAUGAUGUGGGCAUUGGAAUACGAUCCCGAGGCAUUUUCUCUGUACGAAGAGGACGGAUUCGGGGGUGAAAGAACGGAAGGUUCGAGAGGUAAACCGAAGUCAAUGAACCAAUGCGGAAAGUACGAGAGAGAGAACAUGAAGAACAGAGGAAAUGGUACGGAAGCUCCAUUGCCGAUAUCAGUUUUCCUAGUAGCCAGUGUCCUAAAGGACAAGAGCUCGAAGCUAAUGACUGAAGCUCGUGGACUUGAUGAUGUCGUUAAGAUACUGAACGACAUGACCGGUAACUUGGACGCCAAGAAAGCGUGUAGUGGAGCCAUGAAACUUCACAAGAAAUAUCUGAAGAAGGCUAAGAAGCCAUAGCAAUGGGGCACUAAUGGAUGAUUCUGAAUCAGGAUAGCCUUCUGUAUUUUUUUUUCUUUGGUUAAUUACAUUGUUCAAUACAAUGAUCAUACGACACAAAUCCGGUGAAAGGACGAAGGCCAGGGAAC